UGUCUUUCUUUAUUGACAAUUGGCUACUUCUCUUUGUUGUUUAUUUAGAUUUUGAAAGAGCAAUGCAGCGCCACGCUACGGAAUUGGUUGCAGUGUAAAUCGCGUGUACAGAGUUUUAACCAGGUCCUAGGGCGACCAAGUCGCGCCUUGCUCUUUGUGGCUGUGUAGAAAGAAGAUGGCUCCCGUUCUGGAGAAGAAGCUCCUGGGCGCAGCCGGGGCAGGCGACACUAUGGAAAAUAACACUGAAGACGAGGAAGGACAAAACCUAUGGACUUUAAUUCUCAGCGAGGUUUCCACACGUUCAAGUUCUAAGUUGCCAUCCGGGAAAAACAUAUUGGUUUUUGGGGAAGAUGGGUCAGGAAAAACAACACUUAUGGCAAAACUUCAAGGAGCAGAACACAAUAAGAAAGGACGAGGGCUGGAAUAUCUGUAUCUGAAUGUCCAUGAUGAGGACAUAGAUGACCUUACACGUUGUAACGUGUGGAUCCUAGACGGAGACUUGUAUCACAAAGGCCUCCUGAAGUUUGCUGUGACAGCAGAGUCCCUGAACGACAGCUUAGCAGUGUUUGUGGCAGACAUGUCAAGGCCGUGGACCAUUAUGGAGUCACUCCAGAAGUGGGCCAGUGUGUUACGUGAUCAUGUGGACAAGCUCAAGAUCCCACCGGAGGAGAUGAGAGAGAUGGAACAGAGGAUGGUAAAGGCCUUCCAGGAGUACACAGAACCGGAGGGGGCUGACCCAGCCUCCCCGCAGAGACGUGGUCCUCCUGCGGGGGGUGAUGAUGAGGGCGUGGUGUUACCACUUGGGGACAACGUACUCACACACAACCUGGGCAUCCAUGUACUAGUAGUUUGCACAAAAUGUGAUGCAGUCAGUGUCUUAGAGAAGGAGCAUGACUACAGAGAAGAGCACUUCGAUUUCAUUCAGUCCCACAUCCGACGAUUUUGCUUACAGUAUGGUGCUGCCUUGAUCUACACCUCCGUCAAAGAGGAGAAGAACCUGGAUCACCUCUAUAAAUACAUAGUGCACAAAACAUACGACUUCCAAUUUACCACGCCUGCCUUAGUGGUGGAGAAGGACGCUAUUUUGAUUCCAUCUGGAUGGGACAAUGAGAAGAAAAUUGCAAUUUUGCAUGAAAAUUUCACGACAGUGAGACCUGAAGACCCCUUUGAAGACUUCAUUAUUAAGCCUCCAAUACGAAAGCUGGUUCAUGAUAAGGAGAUAAACGCGGAGGAUGAGCAGGUGUUCCUUAUGAAGCAACAGUCAUUGUUAGCCAAGCAGCCUGCCACACCGACCAGAGGAACAACCGAAUCUCCUGGACGGGCUGCUUCUGGUUCUCCUCGGCCCACUGGACGUACAGGCCCUACCAAUGUGGCCAGUGUCUCGCCAAUGACUACAGUGAAGAAACCUGACCCAAACAUGAAGGGCGCAGCAGCAAAUGAGGGAGUCCUGGCCAACUUCUUCAAUAGCUUGUUGAGUAAAAAGACUGGUGCCCCUGGGAGUCCAGGAGCUGCAGGAGCAGGAUCUCCAGGAUCUGUCAAGAAAACUGGGCAGAAGCCGGUUUUGACUGACGUCCAGGCAGAGUUGGAUAGAAUGACUCGCAAACCGGACGCCAUGGUUACCACUAACAACACACCACCAACAGAGAACGAAGCGUGAAUGCAAAAACAGCAUUGUCCACUAGUUUGGAAAACAAACACAUACACAAGCUUAAAAAAUACGAAAUGACCAAAUUCUCAGUGUGUAUAUCACUCAGCAACAGACCGUUGUUUCACCAAAUGAGUUUGAGAUAUCAGAUAUAUUGGUUAUUUUGGUGACAGAGAAAUAAUUAACGUUGAAGGUUUGGAGAUGGAGAAAGUUGAAGACUUUGCUGUAUUUAUCCUUAUAACUUCAAUUGUAAAGUUUCUUUUUGCAAGGGAUGUCUGGUUAAAUAAUGUGUGCACACUCCCUGGGAAGCAGCCAAAUCCCCUGGUCUGCAAGCCCCCAGUUAGCUCGGGAAACUCCCUCACAAGCUUAGAGUGGAAAAGUACUGUGGCUUCUUAUUCAGCUAAUCUUAUGGAAGUAAAGCGGUUGCUAUUAAAAAGUCAAUUUAACCCUGAGUAUAUCCAUUUAAAAACAAAGUAUGUUCUAGAGUAUUUAAAAAGGUCAGAGAUAUGAUACUGAUGUAUUUAUAUAAAACAAAUCUCUGUACUUCAAAUGUUUUUCACCAUUUACCGAUUAGAAAACAGGUUAGCUGUAUCUCAUAUGUUAAACUCCACUGACGUCAUGACACUAAUGUGACACAGAUAGCUGAUGAACAGCGAGGUUUGCCAACAGAAAUGUCAGGUCCAACCAGUAAUCUCUAAGGAUUCUGUAAAUAUCAGCAAAAUUGCAAUUCUAGCUUUUGUUUGAUUUUGUACAAAAAAAUCAAUUGACAAAAUAACGAAGAAAUGUCUCUUAUAAAACAAGCAUGGUUGGGAUCGGCAGGUGUAGAGUUUGCAACGAAUGCUCUUUUGCCUACAGGUGUGUUUGAAGGGGCAGCAGCUUUCCUACUAUAACUCCCAAGUGCCUGGCACAGUAACUGUUUGUGUCAUAGUAGAGGUGCUGGUCUACUUAAAGAGGAAAUGCACUGUAGCACCAAUGGUAAAAGUUUGUUCUGUCUGUCCAGUUCUGUCAUUCAAGUAAUUUAUUUUAUUUUUUUGUAUAACAAGUCUGUGGUCUUUGCAUAAGAAUUUUUGCUUACAUCCAUGGCCUAGAUGACAUUGUUCGCUUGAGCAAUAAGAAUGCCUUUCUUUGUAUAAACUGUAAAGAUAUCUAGCUGCAGAUUUUUAGAUUCCACAUGUUUAGAGUAUUUGUGUCCCCCAGAUGAACACUUGUGCAGCCAAAUUGUAUGGAAAUCAAUUGCUAUGGUUUCUAAUGAAAUGGGUUAUCCUUAAAAAUGAAAUGCAGAUCUGUUCUUUUUCUGUUUACAAUGUUUUGAUACAAGCUACAGUAUAAGACAGGUCAGGUUAAACAUUCCCAAUUUUUACAUGUAGAUGUAGAAAUUGCGUCCCAGUAGGAAAUUGCUGUAUCCACAGAAUGUUGUUCAGUGCCCAUUUACAAUAUUGACAUUUUGCCUUCAAUGUACAGUUUAAAAUGUGUCCAUCUGCUCACCAUCUUCACUCGGUAGUUCUUAGUUAAACCCACAUUUGCUUCUCUCCUUAGCAACUUCAAAUUGUUUUUGCUUUCUGUUAAGCUUUUUUCUUACAUUUUCGAUGAUUAUAUUCUCUAAUACUGUACCAUAUCAAAUAAUUAAAAAAAAAAAUCAAUUCUUUGCAAUGCAGAUUGACCACAUACAAUUUACUUGAUCACCCUCAAAACUACAGUCUGAAUUAACUUUAGUUAAUUUGCAGAUCAGCGUUUAUAGUCUUGAUUACAUAAAAACCAUGCAAUAAAACCUACAUGGCUUUUAAAACAACAGAAAAGGAAAGAACAGAAUUGGGACCUGGAACCAAAGAUGCAGCGAUCUGUGUGUAGUAUACCCUUGGGUACCCAGGUGACCAUCUCUCCUGGCCCUGCUUGGCACAACCAUCAUUCCAAAGUCCAUUCUGAGGCAGUCUAUGUAGUUAGCCUGGUAACUAAAGAAGGGAAAAAAACACAAGGUGUGCGGUCUACUUCAUAUUUGCGUAAACUAAUCUAUUCGCAAAAUGACAAUUGGAUUUUGAUUCUGAAUGCUUAUUUUUAUCUUUAAUAGGCAGAAAUUAGCUUCUAGGAUCUGUUUCUAAAAUGCAAGCACAAUAGAGACAGUCUGAUGCAUUACCUUUUGUAGAAGUAAGCCAUUUCCCACCCUGGUAUUAUUGGUAAAACUAGGAAAUGCAUCCUCUUCAUCCUGCCUGCUUAGAACCUGUAUUCAUGAAUUAUUCAUACAAGUAUGACACUUUUAUCCCUUAAAAUGUUCUGGAUUUGUCCCUGGCCUUCAAAAUUGCUCAACUUGUUUUUUUAAGGAUGUUUAACAAAAUAUCCAAAUAAAGAAAAUACAAUGUUCCUUAGUUUUUCAGGUGUUUUUCUGACCCACCUGCCCAUGGCACUGCAUCUACCUAUUAGUAUUCUGUAGCAGUUACAGCACAAAAAUGUAUCCUGUUCUUGGCAGGCAUUACUACAUUGAUGACAUAGGAAUGAUAUCUUUAGAGUGGGAACAACCUGCCAAUUCAUCAAAUAUGGCCAUCUUGUGGGUGAAGCACUGCUCAAAUGUUUCUCUCCACACAGUUACAAUACAUCUGCUUUAGACAAAAAGCAAGAAAGAUCUGGCUACCUUAAAGAAAUUAGUAUGUUUGGCUUGUACACUCAUGCUGCUUUAAAUUUUGCACUUGUUUUGAUAAUAUUGGAUAUCCCCUGGAUUGAAUGGAAAAACAGAUCUUAUAAUCUUAGUGAUAUGCCUUCACUCCAUAAAAUAAUACACUUAUAGGAGAUGUAAAAGCUUUUGCUUCAAGUUCAUCUAUUCAGGAUAUAAAUACAUUUUAGCCACAUGGACUGUGUUUUGUCCAGGACAUAUUCAGAUGAGUGUGAUUGUAAGGCUUUAACAUGAUGCAGUAUGUAGCCAUGUGGUAUCUUGCUUUUUGUGCCGACAAAGAUAAGGAAAAUUGUCUGUUAUCCCUGGCUUCAAUAAAACAAAGAAUCCAGACUUUUGUUA